AUGCCAAUGCCUCACCACCCCACUCUCUCUGCCAUGCGGCAAUUUCUAUCGCCGUCGCCUCCGCUAUCGUUGCUCAAUGUUUGUUACCGAACUUCAAAAGCAGGCACUUUAAUUGAAAUUCCAUCUCUCGCAGAGCGCCAAUGGCAGCCUUCCGCUCUUCAUCAGAAGAGGUAUUUUCAUCAGACAUGCACCCGGGCUACGUUUCGCCCGGUAUGGACGGAGCGCAGGGUGAAAGUGCCUUGGGUCGAAGCUUUGGCGAAAAAGCGGGCAGAAGAAUCGCAGCUCAAUAAGGCGAAAGAGAAGGCGGAGGGAGUGGUGUCAUCUGGAAAGGCGGAUAUGACGCCAAAACGAAUGAGUGAUAGUUAUUUUCGGACGAUAUUGCCUCUGGCACAAGAUCCCUGGCUUCUGGAUACAUACCUCAAUGCCACCGGCCAUAUCAGGCUGGGCUCUCUCCUCAUGGACCUGGACGCUCUUGCUGGUGUCGUAGGCUACAAACACACAGGAGACAAUGUUACCAUGGUCACGGCCGCCGUGGAUAGGAUCGUGAUUGAGAACCCACUCAAGGAGAUCUGUGAUCUUGAGCUAAGCGGCCAAGUGACGUACGCAACUGGAAGAUCCAGUGUGGAAGUAUCAUUACAGGUUGCGAGAGCACCAGCAAAUGAAAGCCAGGAGAUCAAGAAGGAGGAUGUUUUGAUUACCUGUGCUUUCACCAUGGUAUCGCUGGGAUCCGGGCAACGAAGAAAGGAACGCCGAUUGUUUGAAAAGGGCGAACAAAAUUAUACUGCGAAGAAAUCCUUACGAUCGAGAAGCUUACGCCUGGAGACACCGAAUGAUGAGGAGAGCGACCUCAUCCAUGCCAUGUGGAUUAGAGAAUUAGCCUACAAAGACCCCGAAAACCCCAUCGCUCGCCCCAAGAACGUCAUCCCAAUGCAAGAUACAACCCUCCGCUCCGCCCAAAUAAUGCAACCCCAAUACCGCAACAGACACAACUUCAUGAUCUUCGGCGGCUUCCUCCUCAAACAAACCUUUGAACUAGCCUUUUGCUGCGCCGCAUCCUUCUCCCACAGUCGUCCCACAUUCCUCUCCCUGGACCCCAGCACUUUCGACAAUCCCGUCCCCGUCGGAAGUGUGCUGUACCUAAAAGCAGUCGUGUCGUAUACCGACCCGCCCCUGGCUUCAACCGAGUCCACCGCCGGUGCCAAAGAUAGGAAAUUCACCAAGGUUCAGGUCCGCGUUGACUCGUCGGUUCGGGACGUUUCUCAUGGUGCUAAGAAGCCCACGGGCGUGUUUAACUAUACGUUUUUGGUUGAGCAGGAUAUGCAGGUUAUGCCGAGGAGUUAUGGGGAUUUCAUGGUUUGGGUUGAUGCGAGGAGGCGGGCGCAUGCGACUGAUAAGAGUUUACCGGAGUGGGCGGCGCGUAUGGCGAAUGGGGCGGAGGGAUGGGAAGUUCUAGGGGAGCAGGUUAGAGAAGGGGUUACGGAGUGA